AAGGACUCAGACGUGGAUUGGCGCUCCUUCGAUGUUGCCGCCAAGCUCGUUGCCUCCCCAGCACCGCAGUUCGUCGCCAACGCCGCCCUCGACGACAUACCAGCAGCCCGCUAGACCUAUAUAAAUCACGCCGCAACACCCAUCGCCCGUGUUGCAGGCCAACGCCAACAUGUCCGUCGCCGUCUCGCGCUCCUUCAGCUCUCUCGCCCGCACUGGCUCCUUGAAGGGCGCCUCCCGCCUCCGACGCUCGUCGCUGGUUGCGGCCUCGUCUCCGUCACUGCCAUGCGCGAGGGUGGGGGUCGCGGCGCGGCCUGCGUCGACGUCGACGCUGAUGGGCACUGGACUGCCGCCAGCCGGGGUGCAGAGCGCCAUCAUGAUGCCCGCGAUGUCCCCCUUCAUGCAGGAGGGAUCGAUCGUCGAGUGGUGCAAGAAGGAGGGGGAAGCCUUCGCUGCAGGGGACGUCCUGCUGCGCAUUGAGUCGGAAAUGUACACCGUCGAUGUGGAGGCGCUUAACCCAGGCUACCUGGGUAGGAUCUUGUGUCCUAGCGGAACCCGACACAUUAAGGUGGCCCAACCGGUAGCUCUCGUCGCCAAGGACGCCGACGAGCUCGCUAAGAUGUUCCCCCGCGCCCGCGUGCAAGUCUCUACUCGCUCGCGGCCUCCUCGGAUCGAGGUCCCCAGCCACCCCCACUUGUCUCCGGCCCCUCGCUCGGCUACCAUCGAACGCUCUUCGCAACCCCUGCACUCGGCCGUGCUUCGGUCACCUGCGGCUACACUAGAGACUGCGGGGUCCGCGCGGGCUAUGUCCACGUCCGCUACAUACUCCCCUAGCCCUAGCGCUAAACCGCCGGGUCGGACGCACCAUCAGCGCACCGUGUCUGAGAGCGGCGCUUCUCCGCAGUUCCAGAUGGAUGGUGUCUCCCUCCGGCGCCUCAUCGUGUCCAACCUCGCGGCACAGAAGACGCAGGGCAAUGGUGCGGCGCGUACACCCCAGUCAGCUGCCAGCGGCGACUAUUUCGAGGGUCUCCUCUGAAGGGCAGUUGACCUGCUUGACUCGCGACAUAUUUAUGUUCCCUAUCAAGCUCUCGUCCUCGAAGGAUUGCCCCGGCUCUUUACCCUUGUCCUAGUUUUUUGCUUUCAUCCUGACUUCCUCACCCUCGUUCCUCUCAUCUUUGUGUUCUGUCGUCUCACCAUUGUACCAUACGCUUCAUCCUCGUCCGUCUUUCCGUCACGACCAUUAACAGUAAUCUGUACCAUACGCCGGCCGAGUUAUCGUUAUAUCUAGAGGCACUGUGCCAUGUAGUGGGCUAUGUGCUCUUGUAGGGGAACAAAAUCAAUCUUGGGUUUUGCUUGGAAAA